AUGAUCAAAGCUGGUUUGUUUUUAUUGCUUCACACAGAGAGCCACUGGAAUCUAGAAAUGAUUGUUGUCAUCCUCUUGUUCUCGGCUGUCUAUUCCCAAAAGAAACCAGAUUUUGGAGCACUCACAGCCUGUGUCACUAAAAACCAAAGCCUAACAGUUGAUUGUUACUACCCACCUUGUGACAACACACCCUUUUACUGCAGCCUUUAUGAUGAUCAUGCCAAGAUUUACCAUAACCAGACCAAGACUUACGUAUGCGCUCUGUCACGGAGAACAAGUGAAGAAGAGAAGACACUCAUUGUGAAAUACACUGGGAAAAAGCGACCAAAGGACUGCCCUGGAACUGGUUUGUUUUUAUUGCUUCACACAGAGAGCCACUGGAAUCUAGAAAUGAUUGUUGUCAUCCUCUUGUUCUCGGCUGUCUAUUCCCAAAAGAAACCAGAUUUUGGAGCACUCACAGCCUGUGUCACUAAAAACCAAAGCCUAACAGUUGAUUGUUACUACCCACCUUGUGACAACACACCCUUUUACUGCAGCCUUUAUGAUGAUCAUGCCAAGAUUUACCAUAACCAGACCAAGACUUACGUAUGCGCUCUGUCACGGAGAACAAGUGAAGAAGAGAAGACACUCAUUGUGAAAUACACUGGGAAAAAGCGACCAAAGGACUGCCCUGGAAAUUUGUUCUGA